CAGCUUGGCUUGUAAAAAGUCCUCUACUUUUCUUACACUCUUCACUGUUUUAGUGUCUACUCUCUCUCUUCCAAAACAUUCCACCGUCCUCUCUCUCUCCUAAAAAUGAAUUCACACCACAAUCCCACCACCACUACCACCACCAACACCACCAAGAACAACCACUAACUUCCCCUCUUUCUCUCUCCUAAAAUAAAAAUGGGGUGUACAGCCUCAAAACUCGACAACGAAGACACAGUCCGCCGCUGCAAAGAACGUCGCCGUCUAAUCAAAGACGCCGUCUUCGCUCGCCACCACCUCGCCGCCGCACACGCCGACUACUGCCGCUCUCUCCGCAUCACCGGCGUCGCACUCUCUGACUUCGCCGCCGGCCAACCACUUCUAGUCGUCUCCCCUUCUACUCCAUCUGUUCUCAUCCACUCUCAACCUCAUAAAUCCCCUUUUUCUCCAACCACCGCAGGUUCGAAUCUCCCUCCAAUCAAAACAACUCAUCAUUAUAAUUAUAAUCAUCAACAACAACAACAACCUCCUCCACCGCCGGAAUAUUCUCCGACGAUCGCGGGUUCGAAUCUUCCUCACAUCUUAUCAGCUUCAAGUGUUAAGAAAUCCACUCAUAAUAAUCAUAGUAGUGGUGAAAUUCAUGAGAAAAUUAGGGUGAAAAAGGGUAUGAAAUUACCACACAUUUUAUCGGAUUCAAGUGUUUGUUCUUCUACACCGAAAUCUUUUUCUGGGAAAUUUGAUUUUUUUCAGGCGGAGAAAGAAAAAGAAAAAGAAACGAUGACGACAACGUAUGUGGGUGUUCCUCAUUCAAAUUACUCUUCUACCCCUUCUCAAACUUCUUCUGUAUGGAAUUGGGAUAAUUUUUACCCUCCUCCUUCUCCUCCUGCUUCUGAAUUCUUCCAUCCUUCCCCUAAAAACGUAUACCAAGGGCAGAAUCGUCAUUUGGGUGGUAACCAAAUAGAGGAGAGAGAAAGAGAAAGAGAGAGUGAGAGGGAGGAAGUUCAUUGUAGUGAAUGGGGUGAUCAUUACAGUAGUACAACUUCAAAUUCUGAUGAAGAAGAAGAAGAAGAAGAGGAUGAAGAUAAUGAUGGAGAUGGGGAUGAUGAGAGAGAAACAAGAUCAGAGAUUUCUGAGCUUCGAACUCGGUCUCAUUUCGGGUCUUCCUCCGUUAGGAGUGAGCCUGUGGGACCGCCCCCGCCAUUGAAGAAGGUGGAGGAGAUGUCUGAGGAUGCUGCUUCGUCGUCGUCUAGGAGCUGGAAGAAUAAUGGUAGGGAGGUUUGUGGGAGUGAAGAAAUGAGGAUUGUUGUAAGGCAUAAAGAUCUUCAGGAGAUUGUUAACUCACUUAGGGACUAUUUUGAUAAAGCUGCUGCUGCUGGGGAUCAGGUUUCUGAGAUGUUAGAGACCGGUAGAGCUCAGCUCGAUCGUAGUUUUCGACAGUUGAAGAAAACUGUAUAUCAUUCAAGUGGGGUGUUGAGUAGCUUGAGCUCGAGCUGGACUUCAAAGCCUCCACUAGCGGUGAAGUAUCGGCUUGAUACCAGUACAUUGGAAACAACAGGAGGUUCUCAAAGUCUUUGCUCAACAUUGGAACGACUUCUAGCAUGGGAGAAGAAGCUUUAUGAAGAAGUCAAGGCUAGAGAAGGUGUCAAGAUUGAGCAUGAGAAGAAAUUAGCAACUCUUCAAAGUCAGGAAUAUAAAGGUGAUGAAAUUAAGUUGGACAAAACAAAAACUUCGAUAAAGAAGCUACAGUCUCUCAUCAUUGUGACAUCCCAAGCUGUCAAUACAACAUCAUCAGCCAUCGUUGGUCUCAGGGACAGUGAUCUUAUCCCACAACUUGUUGAACUCUGUCACGGGAUGAUGUACAUGUGGAGAUUGAUGAAUCAGUUCCAUGAAGUUCAGAACCAUAUAGUGCAGCAAGUACGUGGUCUCAUUAACCGGCUAGUGAAAGGAGAUUCAACCUCUGAACUUCAUCGGCAAGCAACUCGGGACCUAGAAUCCGCGGUCUCUGCCUGGCAUUCGAGUUUCUGCCGCUUAAUCAGAUACCAACGAGACUUCAUCCGCUCUCUUCAUGGUUGGUUCAAGCUAACCCUCCUUCCUGUUGAAAAAGAAUCCACAAACAUGAUGCCGGAGUCCUCGGAUGCAUAUCCCUUUUUCGACGAGUGGAAGAAUGCCCUCGACCGCCUUCCUGAUACCGUCACGUCAGAAGCCAUCAAAAGUUUUGUUAAUGUUGUUCAUGUGAUAUCAUUGAAGCAAACUGAGGAAUUUAAGAUCCAAAAGAGAACAGAAACGAUAUCGAAAGAGCUUGAGAAGAAAGCUUCUGGUGUCAGAGUUCUCGAGAAGAAGUAUUACAACUCUUAUUCUAUGGUUGGGCUUGGUUAUCCAGAUGCAGGACCCGAGAACGGACAGGUACUUGACGCACGUGAUCCAUUGGCCGAGAAAAAAGCCGAGCUACAAGCAUGCCAAAGGCGAGUAGAAGACGAGAUGAUGAAACAUAGUAAAGCAGUGGAGGUAACUAGAGCAAUGACUUUAAACAACAUACAGACAGGGUUGCCGGGAGUCUUUCAAGCAUUGACGAGUUUCUCAUUGUUAUUCAUGGAGGGACUCGAGGCAGUUUGUACACGCUCCUACGCGAUAAAAUAGAAAGAAGAAACACUUAAUAUCGCUUUUGGCUUUUUUGGGGGAUAUUUUUUGGCAUUAAGGUAAGGUAAGGUAAGCUAGGAGAGGGCUGGGAAUUUUUUUUGGCUGUGGCCCUUCUUUUGUUUCCCUUUCUGAAAGGGUGUUGUAUUGUCUGUAGCUGUUUGUUGUAGAUAUGUGGAAUUUUGAAAGUUCAUCUUGAUGAUAUAUUGGUUGAGGGACAGGAAAUGCCCUCUUGUACAGGGAAUUGCUUAUACUUUAUUAUGUUUGUUGUCUGGUCUUUACAUAUUCAAUAUUUAAUCAAUAAAUGACCUUCGACUUCUUUUGCAA